AUGUCAUCAUUCAGAAACAAUCCCAGUCCUUUACUAAAAGCUAAUAUUUUCUCACGUUUUUUUCAUUGUUGGUUAUCUUCUUUAAUUACAAAAAGUCAUCAACAAGGAACACUUCAUCUCAAUGAUCUUUAUGAUAUUCCUACUUAUCUUGAAUCAACAUCAUUGACUAAUAAGUUAGAAGCAAAUUGGUUGGAUGAAAUAAAAAAAUGUCCACAAAAUCCGAGUCUAAUUCGAGCUACAUUACGCACUAUGGGAUGGAAAUUGAUACUUAUUGGUCUUUUAUUAAUACCUCUUGAAUCAUUAAAUAUUAUCCAACCAUUAUUACUCAUCUAUUUCAUUGGAUUUUUUGAACCAUGUUCAACAAUAUUUGCUUGGCAAGCUUGGUUAGCAGCUUCGGCUGUUAUCAUAGCACUAUUAUGUAUAAAUCUUAUUUUUCACCAAUACGUUUAUCGUGUUGUCAUGUGUGGUAUACAAAUGCGAGUAGCUUACAGUGGUUUAAUCUUUCGAAAAAUACUUCGUUUAUCAAUUCAUUCAAUGAAUAAUUACGCUUCUGGUAAAAUUAUGAAUUUAUUAGCAAAUGAUGCUAAUAAAAUAGAAAUAGUUCAUUUCUGUUUUAAUUAUUUAUGGGUAUGUGUUUUUUAA